UCCGGGGACGACAGACGCGGGUCAAGAUGGCGGCCUCCGUGGCGGGCUGGGCGGCGGCGGCGCUGCUGCUGCUGGUGGCGGCGGCGGCCGGUCCGGGGGUGUCCGGGCGGAGCCAAGUGCGGGCGCUGAGCGACGGGACGUGGCGGGAGCUGCUGGAGGGCGAGUGGAUGGUGGAGUUCUACGCUCCUUGGUGUCCUGCGUGCCAGAACUUACAACCUGAAUGGGAAAAUUUUGCUGAAUGGGGCGAGGACCUUGAGAUUAACGUUGCAAAGGUAGAUGUGACGGAGCAGCCAGGGCUGAGCGGACGGUUUAUCAUAACUGCGCUCCCGACCAUCUACCAUUGCAAAGAUGGUGAAUUCAGGCGUUACCAGGGUUCACGGACUAAAACUGACUUCAUCAACUUCAUCAGUGACCAAGAGUGGAAGUCCAUUGAACCCGUUUCUACUUGGCUUGGCCCUUCUUCAUUCCUGAUGAGCAGCAUGUCGGCCCUCUUCCAGCUGUCCAUGUGGAUCCGGCACUGCCACAACUACUUCACAGAAAACCUUGGCAUGCCGGCCUGGGGGUCCUACGCCGUCUUUGCUCUGGUGACUCUGUUCUCGGGACUGCUGCUGGGCCUCCUGAUGGUGUUCCUGGCUGAUUGUCUCUGCCCCUCCAAAAGGACUAGGCCGCCUCCAUACCCGUAUCACAAAACGCUACCGGAGUCUGCUGAGCCCUGGAGGCAGCUGGUGGAAGAGGCCGAGCCAAGAGGGGGUCACGAGGCUGAGCCAGAUAACCACGGGCCCCGCACCUCGUCGCCAGACGCACUGAGGCAGCGAGCGGUGCCCCCUGCUGCCGGAGCAGAGAAGUCCUAGUGCCCCCGUCACUCUCCUGCAUUGCUCUGCAGUGGUUGUUCGGACAUGCCGGAGAAGGCCUCCCUCCUCGAGAGGACGGAGAGACGCAACUGUUUGGGGGGGGGCCCUCUGCAUGAAAAGCCUCUUAGAGGCACUAGUUGGUUUGAAGCCUGGCCUUUGGACUGGCUGUGUUGGAGGCUCCGGGCCACAGACGCCUCUUAGGUGGUGCUUCGGCCAGUAUGUUGCUUGGUCCCUCUGGACCGGCAGUUCACAGUGAUCCCCGCCCAAGCAGGUCGGCCAGUGGGCGGAGCCUUUAGGCACAGCCGGGACUCCUCUGUUUUCUUUUUAAAAACCCUCUUCAGUGUUGCUCGUGGGAAACGGAUCCUGCCGCCGUCCCGCCCCUCCCGUAUCCUCCGACGUUACCCAGAUGCCCCUGGGACAGGGUUUCACCUGCCAGGGGGGCAAAAGGCUUUGACCAAACCGAACGGGGACCUCUGAAAUAAGCACAGAUUUUGGGAGAUGACCCAGGGAGUAGGGCUUCCGGGGGCCUGGGUUUCCAGGAUGGCAGCCCCCACCCCCCCAACUUUGGCAAACUAGUCGUGAAGCUGAGAAGAACUGCAGUAGCUGUUUGGAGGGUGGGGGCUUCUGUUCAAAGGAAGGUGCCCCAAACUCACCUCCGCCCCUCCCCCCCUUCCGGGCUUGUAGGAGCUUUCCGUCGUGUCUGAAGCAACUGUAACGCUUGCUUCUCUGGCUUUCUCGGAAGCCCCAGAUUGCUCCUCCUCUGUGUGCAGUGUUCCUUUCCGGACUGUAUUUCCCAGUUUCUAACCCCACAAAGCAGGAGCGUCUGUCUCAAAAUCCACACACGCACACACACACACACACAUCCCGUGCCGUUUGGCUCCCCUGGUCGGGCGCGGGACCGGACGGUGAUUCUGCAGGUUUGUCUUUGUUUACAAUACCUUGAAAAUGAAGGACCGGCGCCUCAGUCAGUGCUGUGUGCGGAUUCUCCGGGCCCAGCACUGCUCUCUCCUCCCAGGUGCCUUCUCUACCAGAACCCUCAAAGGGAAACUUCCUUUCCCUGCUUCGGAACAUCUUGGCUUCUGCAGCAUUUCCCUUCGGCAGGGCCUCGAAGCCGAGCAGCGGGGAACCCCACGUCCAUGUUUUGGUCUGUCUGCCUUCCUCCGCUUUGCCGAGCCAGCAGCGCCCUGUUCUCAGACGUGGCUUCUCCUGUGAAAAGAGUCCAGCUCGGGGCGUGGGCUUUCCAGGGUAAUAUGUGGCCCUUGGUACCCACAGAAGGAGCUAUUUUAGUGUGGUUUUAAUCUGUAUGCACCCGCUGAGUGUUGCUGUGGAAUUAAAAGAAGCUCUUCAGGUGGGAUGGA